AUGAUUUCCUCACACAUGGCUCCUCCUCUUUACAAUCCCAGUUUCCUCCUCACAAGUCUACUAACUCUUACCAAGAUCAUCCUGAUUCACUCGCGUGGGCCCGUCUACACGCCUCCAGCGGUCGAGAGAUUAACCGACUAUUUCGGUCGAUUACCGGUUAACCAGAGCUAUUACGUGUCAUACGGAGGGGCUAACGUGCACGUGACUGGCAAUGGGACUAGUGUCGAUCUCAGCUUAGACAAGUCCUCAGGAUCUGGGCUGAUGUCGAAGAAUAGAUACUAUUAUGGCUUCUUCAAUGCUGCCAUCAAGCUGCCUUCUGGUUUUACAUCAGGAGUUGUGGUGGCAUACUAUUUAUCUAAUGCAGAUAUUUACCCUCACAACCAUGAUGAAAUCGACAUUGAACUUCUUGGUCACGAGAAGAGACGAGAUUGGGUCCUUCAGACUAACAUAUACGGUAAUGGAAGUGUAAGCACAGGUAGAGAAGAAAAAUUCUACCUCUGGUUUGAUCCCACACAAGGCUUUCAUGACUACAGCAUCCUUUGGAACAAUCAUCACAUAGUGUUUCUUGUGGAUAACAUACCUGUAAGAGAAGUGAUUCACAAUAAUGGCGUCUCCUUUGUUUAUCCAUCAAAGCCAAUGUCGAUCCACACCACAAUAUGGGACGGAUCCGAAUGGGCAACCCACGGAGGCAAAUACCCUGUAAAUUACAAAUUUGCCCCUUUCGUGGUCUCAGAGACAAGAAUCCAAAUGGAGGGUUGCAUUGCAAAUAAAAUAACUACAUCUUCUUCAUGUUCGAGGAGCAGCCUUUCGAGCUUAGACCCUGUUGAUGGUGAACGAUUUGCAAAGUUAUCGAGCCAACAGAAAACGGGCCUAGAUUGGGCUAGGAGGAAGCACAUGUUCUACUCAUAUUGCCAAGAUAAGCCCAGAUACAAAGUUAUGCCACAAGAAUGCAAUGCAACACACUAG